AUGAAUUAUCCAUAUACAUAUGCGAGAUGUCGUUUACAAUUACAACCAGAUUGUGAUUUUAAUCCAGAUUCACUAUUCUUUCAUUUUCUUAAAUCAACAAAAAAUUCUUUUUGUUAUGAUGGAAGAAAAAAUGAUGGAGAAACAGAUCAAGAUUGUGGUGGAAAAUGUGCAACAAUAAGAAAAUGUUCAGUUGGUGCAACAUGUGACAAAUAUUCGGAUUGUAAAAGUGCUUUUUGUCAUAAUAUAACAAAAAUUUGUUUACCUUCAUAUUGUAAAGACAAAGAUAAAGAUCGACAAGAAACUGACAUAGAUUGUGGAGGAACAUGUUCUCAAGGAAAUAAAUGUGAUAAUGGUCAAAAAUGUAACAUUUCUAGUGAUUGUCAAAGUGAUUUAUGUAUUGAUGGAAUAUGUUUACCUUUUACUUGUAUUGAUUUGGAUGAAGAUGAAAACGAAACAGAUGUUGAUUGUGGAGGUAUUUGUUCUUUAAAAAGAAAAUGUUGUAAUUAUAAAAAAUGUCAAAAUAACACAGAUUGUAUAAGUGGAAAUUGUAAUAAUAAUAUUUGUGCACCUAAAAAUCAAUGUUCAAAUAAUUGUAUGAAUUAUUGUCAACCAAAAUUUUUAAUAACAUUUGGUUCUGGUUAUGAUCAAAUUUUGAAUACAACAACAAAUAUCUUUGGUUUUAUCACAGAUUUUACAUUUAAUUACACACAAAAACCAAAUAAUGGCAAUUAUGUUCUUAUCAAUUCUUUAAAUAACACAUUUUCUUCUUGGUUUAUUUUCCAAAUGGAUCAUACUCCAUAUGAUAAUGGUGGAUACAUGUAUAUUAUAAAUACUAAUCAAACAAAUUCAACAAUUUUUAAAUAUAAUGUUACUAAUCUUUGUAUUGGUUUAUGUUAUGAAUUUUCUGCUUAUAUAGCAAAUGUGAAUAACUUAACAAUACAACAAAAUAAUUCUUUUGCAAAUCUAAUUUUUCAAGUAGAAACUAUUUUAUUAAAGAAAAAUCUUGUUUAUGCUAAUAUUGGUAAUAUGGCAAAUAAUAAAGAAGUAACAUGGAUGAAAUUUGGUAUUUCAUUUAAUGCAACAGAAUCUGCUGUUACUCUUUCAAUGAUUUCAAAUAUUAAUGCAGAAAUGGGAAUUCAUAUUGCUAUUGAUGAUAUUGAAUUACGUACUUGUUCAAAUGAUCAAUCACGUAUAUGUUCAAUAGGUUUGUAA